AUGGACAAAGAUUGCGACAUGGUAUAUAAAAAUAUUUCUGACAUAUAUAAAUCUGAAGAAUUUAAGACCUACGACAACUUUGUUUCGUUAGUUGCUGAAUGUGUAUGGCAGAUAAGAGAUAAAGAUAGAAGAGGUAAGGUAUGGAAUGAACAGAUAAAACCAACUGCUUUUGAGAUGAAGAGAGCAAUUGACGCUUUAGUUGUUUUAGCAGGUAAGGUUUCAGAAUAUAACGCUAAAAUGAACCCGCAAUGUUCAAAAUGUAAAGCAGCAAUAAGAAAAUAUAACUACUCCGUCAAAGAGAUAGAAAGAAUGAGAAACGACUAUGCAGACUUAAAGAAAGAAGCAGAAAAGCCAGCAGAAGAUAAAAUGGAUAUGUUAGAAUUUCUGAACAAAAACUAUCCAACUGCUGACGAUUUCCUUUUAUCUGACGUCAAGAAGAAGUAUAAAGAAACUUUCGGCAUUGUUAAAACAUUCGAUAUCCUCAGCGAAGAAAUAGAAGCUACGAAACUGUUUAAGAUUUCAAAUAUACAUCGUACAAUUCAUGUAAAACGCUUAUAA